AUGAGCCACCUAUCUCCCAUCGCCACUCGUGGCACGCUGGCAGAAAACACAGAAGAUCACGCCUCUUUUGCAUCAGGAACUACAUACUAUUCUUCUUGGUCAGUCCUUCCUAGGUCGCAGCUUUCAGAUGUACAUCAAAAACGCCGCCGUUGCUUCGAAGAGAUGUUCGAGAAAUGCAGACAGCGCGACACCAUCUGCUGUUGUCAGCUCGAAAUCUACCCCGGCUUCGAAUGGACCUGUAUGGACCCCAGCCGCGACAACUACCAUAUAUUGAAGAAACUUCUACGACAGAAUGACCUUACUCGCAAUUCCUAUCUGAGGUGGAGUAGACAGGAUCUCACAACAGCCCUAGCCGCAAGACGCAUCGCAAUUCCAGACCCGGACAACAACAUCAGAGAGGUCUAUCGCCAUGCACUCGAGAUUGCAGACACCGCGCGUCAGUUCCCUUUCAUGAAGCUACCAAAAGACGUUCGCAUGGUCGUCUACGACUACGCUCUGACAUAUGAGAUGGUGCAGACAUCUCGCCCUCCUCUCCUGUCCGUGUGCCAUCAGAUCAGAGAAGAAGGAAGUCCUACCUUCUUCCGCGUCAAUGAAUUCAACAUACGCUGGGAGCGCUCAAGCAGUAAGGACUCUUUUCAACCCAAGAUCCGUCGUGACACUCUACAGUGGCUCGACAUGAUUGGCCCCAGCCAGGUCAAGAAUUUACGUCACCUUCUGCUGCAGAACAAAGCUCCUGCUCAGCCUUACCGUGUCGACCUCUCGUGCGGUGACACUAGCACGUGGAGUGUCGCAGUUCGUGGCCAUGAUCACAGUCUCCCAUCAUGCCCUCGGAAAGAGUUCCAGACUCGUGGAGCUAUCCUCGCUGACAUGAGAAAAGUCGGUGCUGCAUGGCUUCUCCCCUCCCUAACCUCACUUCGAAUGACGAAGUUAAUCAAGUCGAUGGAAGAAGCGAUUCAGAGAACACAAAAGGGUAUGGAUCUUUUCGCUGAUCAAUGCGGCCAUGGCAAGAGCGUCAAGCCGAGCAUCAAGGGCAUCGAGAUGGUCGUCCGAGCAUUCGCAGCUAUGAUGGACAGCGACGGAUUUGAUUAG